AUAGAGAAAAACCCAUCAAUGGCGUCCGCGUGAAUUUAUAUGAUUUUAAUUUUUUUCUAAACACAUAAUAAUAUAAUAUAAUUGUUGUUGUUAUUUGAGUUGCAUACGAAGAAGACUGCACAUUUCACUGCCUAUAUGUUAAUGAACAUGGCGCUGCCGAGCAACUACAAGCAAAUCGCCGUUGGACCGGUAACUUCGUUAGUGCCAAGUGGAGCCGGCGUCGUUGGCGGCGGCAUUGGUGGCGGAGGAGGCGGCAGUGGAGGUGGCGGCGGCGGAGGUGGUGGAGGAGGCGGCGGUGGUGGUGGAGGUGGCAGCAGUCGUUCGCGUUCAUCUGGUGGCGGCGGUGGCGCCGACCGCAAUAAGGAUCAAACGCCCAUAUUUACGCACAGCAAUUAUGGCAAUCCAGCGUUUACGCCACAGAAAGUCACCAAAUCGUCGAGCAGCAAGCAACAGAACGAAUCACGUCUGCCCAAGCCACCAAAGCCGCCAGAGAAACCCAUUUUGCCCUAUAUGCGGUAUUCCAAGCGUGUUUGGGACAGCGUCAAGGCGCAACAUCCCGAACUCAAGCUGUGGGAGCUGGGCAAAAAGAUUGGCGCCAUGUGGAAGCAAUUAACCGAAGAAGAGAAAAUGGAAUUCAUCGAUGAGUACGAGGCUGAGAAGCUGGAGUAUGAGAAGGCCCUCAAGGCGUAUCAUCAGACGCCCGCCUACCAGGCUUACAUCUCGGCCAAAUCGAAGGUCAAAUCCGAGGUGGCCGAUGUCCAUGAGACGCCCUCGCGUGGCGGCGGCAGCAAAAGUCAGCACGAACGUCGCAUUGACAUUCAGCCCGCCGAGGAUGAGGAUGAUGUAGAUGAGGGCUAUACGGCCAAGCACAUGGCCUAUGCACGUUAUUUGCGCAACCAUCGGCUAAUCAACGAGAUCUUUUCCGAAGCUGUGGUGCCCGAUGUGCGUUCAGUGGUGACCACACAGCGAAUGCAAGUGCUAAAGCGUCAGGUCAGCUCGUUAACCAUGCAUCAGACCAAGUUGGAGGCGGAAUUGCAGCAAAUGGAGGAGAAAUUCGAGGCGAAAAAGCAACGCAUGCUGGAGUCGAGCGAUGCUUUUCAAGAGGAGCUGAAGCGUCACUGCAAACCGGCCGUCGACGAAGAGACAUUCCAGAAGAUGGUGCAUCGCAUGUACGAAGACAUACGGCGGGAUCGUCAGCGGCUGGAGGAGGCGCCCAAUCGCAGUAAGGAGGAACAGCAGCCACCACAGCCGCCGCAACCGCAGCCGGCCAUUGAGGCGACACCAGCUGCGGGCGCCAAAGCAGAGCCGCUUAAAACAACACCACCCGGAGCAGGAGUAACGGCACCCGGAGCAGCAGCAGCAGCUGCAGUCCCACCAACAGCGACCGCUGUGGUAACAGCUCCAACUCAGCCGCCACCGCCGCAACCAACGCCAGCGCAGCCACCACAGCAGCCGCCUGUGCACGAGCUGGCGAGCAAAACGGAUCCGGAGCCCAUGGACAUUGAGCCGCCGCCCAAGCCAUCGGUACCACCACCACCACCGCCCAUGAAGCAUGACAAACUGGACCUGCCCAUGGCGAUGGCCAUUGGCAGUGAGCCCCUGAAGGAGCCCAGCAAGACGCCCGUGUUGGUGACAUCGGUGACCACGGUGCCGGGCAAGGCAGUGACACCAACAUCGGCGCCAAUAGCAGCAACGCCACCAGCACCAACAACUGCGCCGUCAGCAACAACAGCAGCGCCUGCAGCAGCAGCAUUGAAUGAAGCGCCAGCAACAACACCGCCGCCACAGCAGCAGCAGCUGCAGCAACAACAACAGCCACAGUUGCAACAGCCGCCAACAGCAGCGCCACAGUUGCAUCCACAUGCGCAUGUGGUGCCAGGGCCGCCCCCAGCAGCAACAGCGCAUCCGCACAUGCCACCGCAUCUGGCACCGCAGCAACAGCAACCGCCACAACAGCAGCAGCAACAACCGACGCCACCGCCACCCGGUGGCAUGCCGGGUCUGCCACCGCCACCGCUGCCACACAUGGGCUAUGCCAACUAUGGUGGCCCCGGACCUGGAGGCGCGCAUGCCGGCCACACACACUACUAUCAGCCGCAGUAUGGCCACGGUCCGUUGUCCCGCCAGCCGUAUUAUCCACAUCUGCAGGCCUAUCAACCGUACGCCCAGUUGCACUAUGCCCGCGAGCAUGCCGGUGCGGCAGGCAAUGCACCACCAGGUGCCGCACAGCAGCAGCAGCAACCACAACAGCAGCAGCAACCACCACCACAACAGCAGCAACAGCAACCACCACCGCAGCAACAACAGCAACAGCCGCCGCCGGGUUUGAUGCAUGAGGCAGCAGCUGGCGCGGUCUACAGUGGACAACAGCAGCAGCAACCACCGCAGCCACAGCAACCACAAGCGCAGUCACAGCAACCACAUGCAAUGCCACCGCAGCAACUGCAGCAGCAGCCGCCGCCAACAGCUGGGGCAAGCACAGCAUCAACAGUUGCAGCUGCGCCGUCGCCAGCAAUUGCAGCAACAGCAGCGAGCGGCGAUGCGGCUGCAGCCAAACAAGAGUCGGAAAAGCAUGAAACGGACUAGGACAUGAAAAUGGAACUGCAACUGGACAAAACACAUAUAAAGAAAGAAAAUAAAACAGCUGGAUCUUUACGAUUGUAAAUUAGCUCGUACAAAUUAGAAUGCGGCAAAAAGCGAACGUAGCAAAAGCCUCUUGGGAAAAAUCACGUAAAUCAGAGCAAGAGAGCAAAUAUUAAGAAUUAUAAGUAUAACAAACACACACA